AUGCUCUGCGCGGGGAGGGGCUUUAAUUAUGCUGGUUUGCGUCUGGGAUCUCGACUCAUCGUCUUUCCAGCCUCUAUGUUCAAUGAUAUCUUGGCCUCGCAAGUCAGAUCUCCCACAUCAAGAGCCUUCGAAGGCAAUGCUCUGGUCCACCUCCCGCAAGCUACGAGGGGCAGGAUACUCCAGUCAUUAGCUAGAUCUGUCGAUUCAGAAAUUAACCCUGGUUCAGAUUCCGAGGAUGCCGCUUCUGGUCGAUGUGUAAAUGGAGAUCGGCGCGGUGCCAAUCGAACAGAGUAUGAUUGGCGCCGGGAUGGUCAGCGCAUUGAGUGUAAGAGUGCUAUGAUGUUGUGGGUGCCUUCUCAGGCCAGCUGGCAAUUGCAUUUUGCUGGCGUGAAGCUAGCUCUCCAUGACGAGCUCCUCCUUGUCUGUCUAUGCCCAUGUGCAAUAUACAUAUACCGGCACGACAGACAAUUUGCCGUGAGCAGCCAUGGUUUUAAGACUAGAACCCUCGGGCACCAGAUACUCGUUCGGGGCCCGUCUGGAGUGGAACAGUGGUCAGACGCUCGAGAUGCAAUCUUAGGGAAGCUUGAUGAUGACUCGAAUGGGUGUGCCAGGCUUGCAGUAGUUUCGAAUACAGACGCGCGCUUGGAGGCGCUAUUGCAUGAGACAUGUGGUGUAACGCGACUGGCCUUCAAACAACGUCCUCUUUCGGAUCUCAGUUCAGGCGCUCGUGGGCUGCAUAUCGAAGAACUUGUUCGCCGUGUUGACACACUCUUACACCCAGAGGUUACGGUGAACGCUGCCGCUGCUGGUUCAUGUAGAUCGGUUGCGCGCCGGCGAGGUGCUCACCAGGCAGAGUACGACUGGUGCCGUGGAAACGUUCGGGUUGAGUGCAAGAGUAGCCAGCUACAGUACGAACCGAGUCAAAGACGCUGGAAGUUCAGUUUUUCCAAGAUCAAACUGUCACGCUCGCCCGAGCAUACGGCGCUAUUCGAUGAGCUUCUGUUGGGUCUUUAUACACCUCACGGCGUAUACAUUUAUAGGCAUGAUUUGGUUUUCGGCCUGAGCACAAGCGGCGCAUCUACUGUGGGUAGCGGAUAUCAAGUGCAGGUUUAUGGUCCUAGCGGUGUGGUAGAUUGGAAAGUUGCUCUUGAUGCCAUUCUGCGAAAAUUCGACGCGUCGGGCUGUCAAAGGAUCGCCGUGGUUCAGUGGUGA